AUUUAUACUCCUAAUGCAUAUGAUUUGGCUGCAUUGUGCGAGGGAAGGCCUCGUCUGAAGAGGUGGAUGAUUUUAUUAUCUCAUUUCUUUCUCUCUCCAGAAUGCAUUCUGGCUGCAUCCCCUGCAUGGUGGCUCUGCUACUGAAUUUGAUUGGGCUGGGCUCCUCCCUGACUCAAGGCACAGACUCUCCAGAAGAUUUUGUGAUUCAGGCAAAGGCUGACUGUUACUUCACCAAUGGGACAGAAAAGGUGCAGUUUGUAGUGAGAUUCAUCUAUAACCUGGAGGAGUACGCACGUUUCGACAGUGAUGUGGGGAUGUUUGUGGCCCUGACGGUGCUGGGGGAGCCUGAUGCCAAGCGGUGGAAUAGUCGGCCCGAUAUACUGGAGACGAGCAGGGCGUCGGUGGACGCGCUCUGCAGACACAACUACAGGCUGGGCGCGCCCUUCACUGUGGGGAGAAAAGUACAACCAGAGGUGACAGUGUACCCAGAGAGGACCCCAUCCCUGCAGCAGCACAACCUGCUGCUCUGCUCUGUGACUGGCUUCUAUCCUGGGGACAUCAACAUCAGGUGGCUCCGGAAUGGGCAGGAGGAGCGAGCUGGGGUCUUGUCCACUGACCUUAUCAGGAACGGAGAUUGGACCUUUCAGACUGUGGUGAUGCUGGAAAUGACUCCUGAACUUGGAGAUGUCUAUACCUGCCUUGUUGAUCAUCCCAGCCUGCCGAGCCCUGUGUCUGUGGAGUGGAGCGCUCAGUCUGAUUAUCCCUGGAGAAAGGUGCUAAGUGGAGCUGCUGCCUUCCUGCUGGGGCUGGUCGUCUUUCUGGUGGGGAUCGUCAUCCACCUCAGGGCUCAGAAAGGUUAUAUGGAGAUACAGAAGUCUGGUGAUGAGGUGUCAAGAGCUGUUCUCUUCCCACAGCCACACUAAGGUUCUCACUGAAGCUUCUCACCCUGGAGCUUGAAGUAGUAGCAAGUGGCUUGAGUCUGAGGUGAGGUAAAGGACAUUGAUGAGGCCAGCGUUCUUGGGGUGACUCUUUCCUGUGAUCCUCAGAGGGAUCCCCAACCAAUUCUAGAGUUUUGUGUUCUGAGAUGAUGAAUCUCCCACCCAUGUGCCCUUCAUCCUACUCGUAUACAUCAUUAAUCCCUAUUGCCGAGAGCACCGUCCUCUAAGACCUAAUACCUUCCAGCCUCAAAGCAUAUACUUUUACUUUUCUGUGGUCCAGCUGUAACCCUGUAAAUCAUGCUACUAAAUCUUUCUC